UCGAAGGCUCCCUGCCGUAGACCGCGGUUUGGCACGAACCGAUCGAACAAUUUCAUCGCGUUUCCUAACAAGCGCCAGCAAGUCUGUCUAAACACGGAGAAAUGGCUUUACCUUCUUCUAUCGAUCAGUCGUUGAUCCUACUCGGCGUUUUCUUGCUUCCCCUCAACCUUCUCUCUUUCAUCUAUGGCUCCCUCCGGCGUACCGAUGGGCGGGAAGCUCGAUACUUCCGACCAGCAAUCAUUUCCGCUUUUCUCAUCUCUCUUUCGACGAUCCUUGCCCUCUCCGAACUCGAUCCUUCCCCGUUGAAGCAACCGAUCUCAGAGUUGAACGAGAUGAAGGCCCAGGUCACCAAAUUGGAGCUCCUUUUGGAGGAAAAAAAUAUGCUCUUAAAUUCAAGAAUUCUUGAAAUUGAAAAGAGCAAAAAGUUGAUUGAGGAGAUGGAUGGGAAGAUUGAAUUUCUGCAGAGAACAUUGAAUGAUGUUAAGGUCUCAUAUGGUGGGACCUCAGUUUUUGAUGAAAAGAUUAAAGUUAUGUAUGACGAGGUGCAGCAACUGUUGGAUGAGUCUAGAAGGAAUAACUUCAAUAUUCAUGUUUCAGAGUCCAAAACAUGGGAAGCAGAGAAAAAAGUGGAAGAAGUAGCUUCGAAAGUUGAACAGAUGCAGAACAUUAUUAACGAGCAGUGGAUUCAGAUCCAGCAACUUGAGCAAUCACUUCAAAUGACAAAGGUAAUGGCAUCAAGGGUAAAUAAUAAAGCCCGAUCUGAUGGUUACAAGAAAAAAAAGUCUAAUGGCUGUCUAAUGUCAAGGCUUAGAAGAAGCAUGGCUAAACAUUCUCAUUCAAAGCCAGUUGGGUUACCUGAUUCUUUUUUUCUGGGCGGUUCUAUAUCAAGGUCCUCUUUACUUAAAGCAUCCAAUCAAUUUAAGGGAAUUAUCUCAGCUGCACGAAAGAAGCAUCAUGAGCUUCAAUGCACAGUAAAACGAGCUAUGAAAAUGAAUGAUUACACUGCACCUUUAGCUCAUAGUGAGCUUGUUUUUUUCGUGGCUUCUACUAUACUCAUAUUUCCCUUGAUGAUGGCUUGGCUCUUAUGUUCAUCAGUUGUUGACUAACCAGAACAAUAAACAACUGAACAGGCUUCAGCUAUUGCUUACAGCUUAAAUAGGUAAAGUGUUAAAAGUCUUGUUUUCCUUCUUUUUGUGCUAUGUAGCGUGAUUGCCAAAGUAUCAUUGUUGUACGUGGCCUUAAAGAAGCAAUCGUAAUAAUAGAAAUUUUUUUCUGAAUAAAAUGAUGACGUUAAGCUCCUUGUAUAUAUAUGAUUUUUCAAUGUUAAGUGUUAAAGCUCUUUGUCUGUUUGUAUAUC